AUGAUAUAUGGGAACUUUACACCUGUCAAUAAUUUUUUUUUCGAUAGGCUUUGUGUGUCAGUGUGUCCAAAACAUGCCGCCCUGCGAUGUACAUCCGCCUCACAGGCACUUCACAUUAUGGACCUCUGUUCCCAUGGGGGAGUGUCUCUAAGCAGCAGUGAUCGAUCGCCGAUUCCACCCUUGGAGUGGAUAAACAUCUCCACCGACGAUGGCAGCAAAGAGCGCAUCACCUUCGGGGAUGUCGAAUGUCGACUGGAGAUAACGGUCCAGGGAAAAACACGAGGCUCCGUGUCCUUCUUCGGCGAUGAAGAUUCAGCCGAUUUCAUCGAUUGCAGCCUGGAGGAACCUCCCACAAAGUCGAGUUCCAUAACAAAAUCAGUUCAACAAACAUCGAACUGCUCCGUCAGCUCACUCAAGUCGAACAAUGUUUCCUCAUUGUCAGUUGAUCCGGCAGAAAGUUCCCUUCUUCCAGAGGGCAGUUUUUGCAUUCCCGCUACACAACAGCUGGACGAUACUUUUGCAAACAGCAGCAUUCCCACUUCUACCGUUGUACCAGCUAUCAAAAUCCAAGUCGACAAGUGCACGACCAACAAAAAAGAUAACGAGACCGCCGAAGAAGAUGAUGAUGACGAUAUGUUCUUCAUCCCGGAGACCCAGGAAAUAAAUACCGGCCUGGACGCCAAUGAGUCGGAAAUCAUCGAACCGAUCGCCAACACCAUCGGGGAAGGUGACAAGGACGAUGAUUUCCUUCGGUUCGAAACCGAAGACGACGAAAAUACCGGCGAUGGUAUGUUCAACAAUCCUUUUGUUGAACAGUCUCAGAACCUACUGCAAAACUUGGACGAAUCCUACAAACGAGAUGAGAGACGCAAAUCAAUCGCACCGGACCGGUCGGUCGAUUCGAUUUCGUUCCACGGUAAACUUCCGGCGGCUGACGAAACCGACUGCGAUCUGAGUAAAUUGGUGUGGUCCGAAUCGCGGAAUACCAGCAAAGCCACAUCGUCGGUACACGAGAUCAGUAGUGGUUCUCAUCAAGUUCCCAGAGAAGGUUCCGUCACGCCGGAUUUGGACUUUGAUCGACCACCGUCGGCGCCGAAAUGCUCCCUUCAAACGGACGGCCGUCAAUCGGGUCGAUCAAACUCCGUCACACCGGAUCUGGAUUUCGAUCGUGUUAGCCCUAAUCAGGAACCGGUUACGGCAACAGCAAGCAAGUUGCGACUAAGCAAAUCAGUUUCUCAACAAUCUAUGGAAGACAAAAAACGGAAGGAAGAAGAACAAACGGCAAAACGAGACCAGUCAGUAACCCCGGAGCUUAACUUCGAUGAUGAAAAUGUAGAAGUAAAGGGUACCGAUGAAAAGAAGGGGGCGGAUGAGGAGGAUGAUGACGGUGGAGAUAUUUCGUUGAAUCAGGAAGGAUUCGUCGAUCCGUACGAUAUAGCUACGCAGGCCAUCGUCGAGGCAGAAUUGGUGAAGCCCAAAAAGAAAAAAGUCCCCGUAAAAGCACCGCAACCGGAUGCCAACGGUCUACUGCAUGUUGGCGAUGGAAAAACUUUGAUUCCUUUCAAGUCGAACUUUAGAAAAACUUCUUUCAAAAUGAUGGUGCUUCUGCGGAGUGGGGAGAAACGAGAAAUUACCUGCACCGUGCCUAAACAGAGUUGCAGCGCCGAAGAGCUGCUGGAACAAGUAGGAAUACAAUCACCGAGGAGUGCAGACAUUCAGUGCUUCCUGGUGGUGUCUUCCAACGAUGAUGCCGGCAGCAUCGAUUGUAUCGUUACGGCAGGUGUCGAAGCUUAUCGGGAAACGGCCGAAAGGGCCCUCAUCAAGUACAAACAACAGCAUGCGGUAUCGCAAAGUUCAAGCAAAAGUUCGAGGUCUCUUUCCAGAACGUCGCCAAACUCUUCCGUUUCGAAGAAGCAAAAAAAGUCAAUCGAUCCAUUCGAACUGGCAACACAACUGCUACGAUCACCCAGCCGUGAUGAACCUGCUGACGCGUACGACCUUCUAACUCAAGCUUUGCCACAAGAUGAUACCGUACCGCUGGAUUUGCCAUCUCCGUCAAAAUCUCCGGAACCAACCGAAGACGGAGAUGUGUACGAUCUUCAAACGCAACCUAUGAUGUCCAACAGCUUCAAAGUUCCUUCUAGCUCAUCGUACGACUUGCUGACCCAAAAAUUGUCUGCCAAAAAGCUCAAAGAAGCGAAAUCCUUGCGCAAGGUUGCUAUUCACUUGACCGACCUUCGGGAGAAUAAGCAGAAUAAAUCCAUGCGUCGCAAUAAGGAAAUGGAUCUCGAUGCAUUCGUCCUAGAAACGCAACCUUUACAAUUGGAAAAGCCCAACGGAAAUGUUGCAGACGAUGACGACGCCUAUGACCUCCAAACGCAACCUUUGACAUCGCACCCGAAUCAUAACGAUACGAUACCGUUGGACCUCGGUGAACCAUCGCCAAAGAAGGCAAAAACGGUACCCACACGUUCGGAAGACCAAGAUCCGUACGAUUUGCUUACACAGCCACUGAAGGCAACGGCAUCUCACGCCAGCUCCGAUGAUGGCGGAGACGAUGGUUGUGAAAUCAAUGGUACAUUUCGACCACCGGCUAACAGUACCUGCCGUCAGUCGGUACUGAUCCGAGGAAUUCCGGAAGAGUCGGAUGAAGAGUCUAAAGAGGUUGUGCUGUCGAAGGACUCGUUGAACAUUUCACCAUCUUCCGAGAAGGAAAAUCGAGUGACAAUGAAUCAGCAACGGCAAAAGAAGCGCAAGCAUUCCAAGGAUGGUUCUGGGGAUAAAGUUGCGGCGGCAGUUGUGAAGCGAUCGGUUUCUUCGAUUGUGAUGACGCAGGAAAGCGAUUUCGAAGGCUUUAGUCAAAUGGAAAACGUCGGGGAUGAAGAUUUGGACGACGAUUUUUGUCUGGCAGCUACCAUCCCCAUCGGUGGCGAAGAGAGUGUCAAAAGUUCUUCAUCGAAGACUGACGUCAACGAACCCGAACCCGUGUUUAAAGUACCGGACAAUCGUACUCUUAUUCCUUCUACAAGCAAGAACCCGGCAAAGGGUUUCGAAACUCCUAAAGCAAAAUCACGCAAACCAUCGAGCAGUCGUGAUUCCGAAGAUACCCUUUCGUUUGAUUUCAACACCCCUGAGCAUCCGAUCUUGAAGGCGGCCAGCCGGGAGAACCUUGCCAUAUCGGAUAUGAUAAAAGCUUCUCAGAAGAAAGCGGACCGCGUGACCGCGAGGAACAAGUACAUUUUCGGUGACAGUUCCGAUGAAGAUGAGCUUCCCGAGGACCCGGUGUUCAAAAAACAAGACAGUAAAAUUGAAGUUAUGGUUUACGAUAAAGAUUCUAAACCAGCUGUGAAAAGCCGGGAGAAAAAAUCAGCUAACAGCAAUCGUACUAAGAAGAGAAAAACUUCGGACGAAACCGAAGAGGACAACAAAAGUACAAGCUCAUCCAGAUCGGGACGGUCUACCCGGUCGAAAACGGAUUCCUGUGCUAGUCAUACCUCUUCGAAGUCCUCAGUUGAUGAAUCGGUAGAUUAUCAAUCUACAACCAGUGAAACAAAGCCCACGAGGCAUAGGAAAGCCAAGGCUGAUGAAGAUACUAGCACUUCAUCUUCGACCAAACCUGCCAAGAAAGAAAAAAUCAAGCCGAAGGAUGAAAUUGCGCCUCCUCCGCCACCACCCGCCAAACGUUUUGCUCGUACUAAACGUGCUGCUUCAACUCUAUCGGAAGCCUCAUCGGAACCAAAAACUUCCUCCAAAUCGGUCAAUCGAACGGCUCCAGUGGGAAGAUCGAAAAAAACGGCAAAAAACACAAAAUUGAACACCUCAACAGUCUUGAUAUCUUCUGAAGACGAAGAAGAGGAAUCGAGUGCCACCAGUGCCAGUGGAGCAACCACCGAUGACGGAUCGGAAUCAUCGGGCAGCCGGACCCGAACCCGGGCGCCCAAACCCAAGCUCAUGUUCACCAAAAUGAGCCCGGAACCCUACAAGCAGAUCAUCACCCGUGCCGGAGGAACCAUAGUGGACUUGCCGGAAAUGGCAUCGGUCCUGGUGUCGGAUCGUGUCUACCGAACGUACAAAUUCCUGUGUGCCAUCGGGAAAGGCAUCCCGAUCGUCGGUCAACCCUACCUGGACCUGGUACAGUCGGAACGCCGAUUUGUGGACCCCUGGGAGCACAUUCUGCAGGACCAGGACAUGGAACGGCGCUUCAAGUUCAAUCUGAAGAAAUCUCUCACGCUGGCUCGGGAGGCGAAACUGUUCCAGGAUUAUUCCGUAUUCGUGACGCCCAGUACAAAACCACCGCCGGAUGAACUGAAAUUGAUAGUGGCCAGUGCUGGUGGUCGGGUCCCUAAAUUUCCCAGCCAACAUCCAAAGUAUGCCGACAAACUUUUCGCGAUAUCCGAUGUGCAGGAUAAAGACAUGUGGCCCAAGCUGCGGCAGCUCUACCCCACAAUCGAAAUAAUCAGCACCGAGGGGUUUAUGCUGUCGAUAAUGCAGCACUACAAAAACUUCCGCAACUAUCGGCUAACCUAGUAGUAUGCAUGAUGAAGGAUCGAAUUAACUGUCGUCUAUCUGUUUUGUUUUUACUGUUUUACUCAAAAUUACUGUUUCAACAAGUUGGUGCUGUCUUUUUUUUAAAACAUCACUCAACUUUAUUGCAUUUAUUGUAAAUAUAUGACCAAGCGAUUGAAACAAGAAUCUCAAUUUAAAGUUUU